AUGCCACCACCAACGACCGAACAUCCGGACUCUUCUCGACCACUCGCAGAUUACUUUUGGAUAGCGGGGUUGGAUAGCCAACAACUCGUUGACGCUUUCUCCCAGCAACGGUGGUCUCAUGAUCUUGUCGAACAGAAUGGCGUCGAGACGACGAUCAGGGAAGAGGUCACGCCCGAAUUUGACCAGUCCUCAAUCAUGCAAUCACCUCGUGGUUCAGCGAGCCAUUCCAGGCACGACUCGUACCAGAGACUCUCUCAACUAUCCGAUGAGGCGAGAAGUACAAUUCAGAGUCUCGACAGCGCCACCCAAACCCAGAGCAACCGGAGCAGUAUGACGGUCCGGCCUGCUGAUGCUGCACCUGAUGUUCGAAUGUCCUCAGCCAUAUCAGAGGCCGACUUUGACAAAGCUAUGAAGAAAUUUGCCACGGAUCGAGACGAAUUCUACCUGGACUUGAGCUUUAACUCGGCUGAAACAGCCAAACCGACGCGCUCAAAAUCACACCUCCGAACACAGAAGAUCGUCGCCCAGGACGAACCGCCUUCUCUGCCCAACCGCAAUUUUGGAAGCAUCCGCAGACAUUUGUCGUUCAAGGACAUGUCCAGCACGAAACGCCAAUUGUCAGUGGCCCGGCGAACAUCGACUCGCACCUCGCGCAGAAUGAGCAGCUAUAAUUCCGUUAUUCCCAGCCCAGACGCUUUUCACAGUUCACCCGAACAGUACCCCUUGACAAGAAAGUUCGAACCUGCUCUACUCGAGAGAUAUCCCCGCUCAAGCAAUCCCGAGAAGGGUCUGAAAAGAGGACCGUUCCCGGACUACUUACCGAUGUUCGCCUUUCCAAACGACAUCAAGGUAGUCUCAUCCGAUAUCAAACCGAGAUCGACCUGGCACGAAUUUUCCAUGACUGCCGCAGAUAAUUCUAGGCUCACAGCAGUGUCAGUCACCGUAUGGCUUCCCGUAAGUCGUGACAUCGCUGCCGCAUUGGACAUGAAAUGUGAUGAGUGGCGGAAAGCUCAUAUGUCCGAGGCGGAACGAGAAAUGGCAACUUCACUCGCGGAGCGGCUAGCAGUAGAGAGCACCAAGCUCUCCAGGCUGCUCACACAAUUGCCUCAAGUCUCCCAAGAUUCUCAAGGCAGAGAAGUCUUGGAAGAGGAAAUCAGCGCGGUCGAGGAGAAGAUUACUGUCAUGUCUGAUAUGCUGCGGCCACUGCGACAGAAAUCAGAAUCGGAUAUUCAGGGCCUCAUGACCGCAGAGACCAAGUACUGGGUUCCAAGAGCUUACGGAAUCCUGGGUAGCGACAGCACUCUGGCAAACUUCUGGCGGCAAUGGCUUCGGGCGAUUGUCGUCCCCAUGACGGAUGGUGGAGUGUUGCGAGUGCCAGCCAGUUCUCCCAAAGUUGGCAUGUGGCUGCCUCUCGAGAGAUAUGUCGCCACGCUAUGUCUUGAGGCACCUCGUCCCGUAUCGUCCAAAACCCAAGUCCAGACCUCGAUCAGAGAACUGCAGCUUUAUGCGAAGAAAGAAGCGGCAAACGAACUCCCAGGCAGUCGUACCACCGACUUGUACCCGAUCUUCAGAACCCUUACUAUACCUAACGUCGUCCUUCUUCUCGAAUACGCCUUGGCAGAGUCAAGGAUUAUCCUGCUCUCAUCCCACGUUGCGAUGCUGCAGCUGGUGAGCAAAGCGAUUUUGGAACUGAUCUGGCCUCUGGAAUGGACAGGUGUCUAUAUUCCGGUGUUGCCGUCACGACUGGUCCAGGCGUUGGAUGCCCCGUGUCCGUAUAUCUGUGGCAUUGACCGGAAAUACGACAAGUACGAUGUCCCCGACGACGACUAUGUAUUGGUUGACCUGGAUAAGAAUGAGUUGCAUAGUACAGCACCACCACCAUUCCUCCCGAAGCAGCAACGUCGGAAGCUGAUGUCCCUACUCUACCAAGCCGCGCCACUCCAUCAGAGCUUCGGUGUAACGCCUGGACCACCCGCGUACGCCACAGAGACGUUUCCGCAUGAUGCUUUUGCUGCGGAAAUCGAGUCCCCCUUUACCGCCGUUGCCAAAUCAACGAACUUGAACAAAUUGGCCAGUCUCAGCUCGACAAUGUUCGGUCCGCAGGCGGCUACCGAUACCAUUCGUCGGGCCCCAAUGCUCAACGUGUUCUUGGCUUCGACUCCGACGAGGGGCAAAAGUGCUGACCGACCGAGAACAUCAUCAACGGCACGCCAUUCCAUGGUUACAGACUCAGACAGCCAAUCUCCAGUCACUAGCAGCUUCCCUGUGACGCCUGCUUCUGCGUCACCGCGGACCGACUCGGGAUAUGCUCUUCAGACGUCUCUGAGAGAGAAGAAAUCCGGACACUUUGACUCACUUUCAAAGCGGAGCUUCUCCGGGUCCACCCAUAUGCUUCGGAAGGCUAGCAUCCCGUUUGUGAAACACGCUGCAAGUCCCUCUACAAGUACUACCCUAUCAGACAACCGAAACGGGUCGACGUACGCGCCUUCUACGUAUGCGCAAUCAACUCUGGCGGCGUCUACAAUCAUGCCUGGAGCGAGUGCGCAGCCUGGACGGAACGGUGAAGGUACAUAUUGGUCGGAAGGUCACUGUCUACAGUGGAGAGGCGCUGACGGUCCAUCCACCUGCGUGCUCUGCGACGACAAAGCUCAAGACGGGUUCUACAGAUGCGGGGGCUGUGGGUUCGUCAUCCACGAUCGCUGUGCCGACCAAAUCUCCGUUGUCUGCUCCGCGGCCUUCUACCCUGACCAAGUCCGCGCCGCUUUCGUGCGGUGCAUGGCCAGCUUGUUUUAUACCUAUCGGAGAUUCAUGCAGCCCGCGACUGCACAGAAGAGAAAGCUAGGCUCGACGUUCACCUUUGACAGCAGUUCAUUUAUCAAGAGCCUGCCUCCCGACCACGCUGCAUACAUGGAGAUGCUACAGCAGACACAAGCCUGGAAUGAGUUCAUUAUGGAUCGAGAGGAGAAAUCGUCCAAGCCCUCCAUCGCGCUCUUUGACGCCAUUAUCACGGCAAAACGCGGCCGAGCGGGACUUCGAUCCAGCCUUCCGAGCAUCGGCUUCAAUCGCAAAAGCUUCUCGCCACUCUCGACCCCGGUACCGACGCGGACGGACAUUCUCUCGGACACAUCCCAGCAUCAGUGGCGGAUAGUCUCCGUGGCGUCAAGCUCGGAGCGGCCUGAGCUGGGCCCGGCGGCAAAAGGACGUGACUAUCACACAAUCAUCACACGAAAGCCAGCCAAGCUCGAAGAGGGGUUGUUCAAGCAGGAGGAAAAGCUUCCCGAUCUACCAACGAUUCCUCGCAAGAAGUCGAGGAUGAGUGUGCUGACGGGCAAGCUGAACGGUCUGGGUAUGCAUGCCCCGUGA